AUGGCUACUUCCAAUCAAACAAUUGACAUUACCAACGAUCGAGCAAAACGAUGUUCCCGUUGUGAAAAAUGCAAAAAACUUGACGAUUUUAUUCGAUUAAGUAAAAAUGAUUUGAAAGAAUUUUCUUCAUGCAACGCUUGUGCUGAAAAGAGAAAGAAGAAAAGAUCCGAGAGCGUUAGUGAUGGUAGUGAAUUAAUAAAUAUAAAUUCAUCAAGUUCAAACGUAGCUGAGGAUAACCGCGAUGAAAUGAAUAUUGACGUCGAAAACGAAGCCUUGUAUGAUUUGGUAGAUCUGGAAGACCUAAUUUCGAAUUGCUUCACAAACGUUGAAGAAAACAAGCAAGUUCUUUUUUCAGGAACCUUCACGUUCGAAAAUGAUUUAGUUACUCUCUCGUGCGACAAUCAAGAGACCGAUGAGGAAAGCAAAUACCGCAGUCUAGUUAGAUCUUUUCUUCCAGCGAUUGAAACCGGAUCUCGUUAUUACUGGGAAAUAAGAAAAAUUUAUCUUCACACAAAAAACAAACAGUAUACUGGCGAAGCAACAGCGUACCUUGGUUGCGCACAAAGAGACAAUCGUAAAUCUACGGGUCCGGAUGAACGUCCAUCGAAAAGAAUAAGUGAAGCGAGACCUGCAAUUGAUCGAUAUCCAUGUGGUGGAAACAUUACGAUUAAUAUUAAUAUCAACAAAUGUCAAGCGACUAUAGACAUAGAGCACUUAAUGGCUCACGAAUAUCCCACAUAUCGUGAAAAUAACAUACCUCAAAAUGCCAUAGCCUGGAUAUCCCGAAAUGUGAAUCGCGGUUUUCGAAAAAUAGAAUUUUACAAAAGGCUUCGUGAGGAAAAGCUCAUUAAUCCGACAGUUCAUACGUACCAACAAGUAUACUACUGGGCUCUAAAAUUUUCUGCUCAACAAUAUGUAACAAAUGUCUCUAAUCAACUUCUUUCAUCUCGUAAUUUCUUGGAGCAACAAGAACUAACCGAUCAAGGGUAUAAAGUCAUCUUUUACCUUGAAAAUGACUUCGUCCGUGCACUCGGGUUUACAACGCCUUUCCUUCGUCGUAUACAAACAAAUAACAUCAGCGAAAUAAUCGUUGAUUCAACAUUUAAAACCAAUCAAGAAAAUUUCGAGGUAUUUGCAGUGAUCAAUAAUUGUGGCGGGUAUGGAGUCCCGUUCGCUUAUCUAUAUGUUUCUACAAUGGCAGCCUCAUCAGAACGUUUACAUGAUCUAACUAAUAAUAUCAAUACAAGAGUAAAAGUUCUAAAAGAAUUCUUUUCCUUACUGAGAGCGGACGGAGUUUUGCCUAGUUUCAUUCUUUUGGAUAAGGACGCUGGGGAGAUAGCAGCUGCAGAAGAAGCUUGGUCCUGGACUGCUAGUAUUCAAAUUUGCCUAUGGCAUGUGGAGCAUGCAGUUGAGCGAAAAUUAAGAGAGAAGAGACAAAAGAUGAGUCAAUAUACAUCACAAGUGGCAAAUGAUGCAAAACAACAGUUUGAAUUUAUCGAUGAACAUUGGAUACCCAAUGGACAAGCAAAUGACUUGUGUGCUGAAGGAGAUAUACAAGAUAUUUUGAAGAUGAUUAAAAGACAUUCUGUCUUGCACCCUCUUAUUCCCAUAAAUGAAGGAACAUUUCUCACCUCUGAUGAUAUUUAUCGGCAAAGUGUUAGAGAGGCGUACAAUUACUGCAAGCAGAAGAAUCUCGUUUACCUAUGGGGGUACUUAUGGAUCAAUUGGUACAAAAAAAAUUGGUGGAAUCUUUUUGGAUAA